GAACGAGGGUGAAGAGCUGAACCCAAUUAAAACGGACAACAUGGUUUUGAGCGAGGGGAGUAAGAGUUAUGGAUAGAAAUUGGAAUGUGGGUUUAGAAAAGGAAAGAGGAUCUGUUAGUCAAGAGAUGUUUCUUGCAAGAGGACUGGGGGUUGAUGGCGGCAUAGGUGGUUUGGGUGGUGAUGGUGGUGGUGAUGGUGGUGGCGGCGGUACUGGUAGGCUCAAUCCGUCUGGCUCUGGCAGAGAAGGUGGGGACAAUCAUGGAGUUGAGGAGUAUUAUGAGAGGAUGGUGGAGCAAAAUCCUGGCGAACCUCUGUUUCUCAGGAACUAUGCUCAGUUUCUUCUUGAGACAAUGAAACACCUUUUCUGGAGCAGAGGAGUACUACUCUCGAGCCAUAUUAGCAGAUCCUAUAGAUGGUGAGAAUCUGUCCCAAUAUGGAGAGUUACUGUGGUAGUUGUUCAAGUUACUUCGAACGAGCAGUUCAGGCGUCUCCCCAGGAUCGGCAUCUGUUUCUCUUCCAUUCCAGAAUCAUGUUUUUAUAGAAUAGACUUCUAAAUCUGGA